GGUUUUGUGGCAGAGCCACUCGUUUCCAUUCACUUACGGCGAGCGCGAGACAGAGAGAGAGAGAGCGAGGAUUCCAUGGCGCCGAAGCAGAGAACCCCAAAGGUGAGCAGGAACCCCGAUCUGAUUCGCGGGAUUGGGAAGUACUCGAGGUCUAAGAUGUACCACAAAAGGGGUCUUUGGGCUAUCAAAGCCAAAAAUGGUGGCGUUUUCCCUCGCCACGACGCAAAGCACAAGGCACCCGCUCCGGUGGAGAAGCCCCUCAAGUUCUACCCCGCCGAUGAUGUCAAGAAGCCUCUUGUAAACAAGCGGAAGCCUAGGCCCACCAAGCUCAGGGCGAGUAUUUCACCGGGUACUGUGCUGAUCAUACUUGCUGGGAGGUUCAAGGGAAAAAGGGUUGUUUUCCUGAAGCAGCUUACAUCCGGGUUACUUUUGGUCACUGGUCCGUUCAAGAUUAAUGGUGUUCCUCUAAGACGUGUGAAUCAAUCUUAUGUGAUUGCUACUUCGACGAAUAUUGACAUUGCUGGAGUUAACGUGGAUAAGUUUGAUGACAAAUAUUUUGCGAAGGAAGUUCAGAAGAAGAAAAAGAAAGGAGAAGGGGAGUUUUUUGAGGCAGAGAAAGAGGAGAGAAAUGUGCUCCCACAAGAGAAAAAAGAUGAUCAGAAAGCUGUUGAUGCGGCAUUGUUAAAAUCCAUUGAGGGAGUUUCAGACUUGAAGGCCUACUUGGCUGCAAGGUUUUCUCUCAAGGCUGGCAUGAAACCUCAUGAACUGAAGUUUUAGAUGAAGCACGGGCAACUUAAGGGACUGAUUCUCUUCAUUACUCCGUUUACUUUUUUUGAACUUGGUCAUGGCCGUUGUACCCUUCUAGUUCCAUUGGUAAUUGACGGUUACAUUCUCUGUGGUUUGUUCAAUGGAUUUUCCUUUUUCCAA